AUAAUAGGCAAAUGAGCCACUCACCACUGUCACAGCCGACGCUCCUUUGACCUCGAGCCAACCAUCCGCUUCGAUUGCCACUUUGACCAAACCUGCACCUCUUUCAACUUUCAAGCCUUCCGCUUCUAUUUCUCCCGUUCCAACACAAACACCAACAACCGCCAUCAUGAACCCCGAAUACGACUACCUCUUCAAGCUCCUCCUCAUCGGUGAUUCCGGUGUUGGAAAGUCUUGCUUGCUGCUGCGAUUUGCCGAUGACACCUACACCGAGUCUUACAUCUCCACCAUCGGUGUCGAUUUCAAGAUCCGAACGAUAGAACUCGAUGGCAAGACCGUGAAGCUGCAGAUCUGGGAUACCGCCGGCCAGGAGCGUUUCCGAACCAUCACCUCGUCUUACUACCGCGGUGCUCACGGCAUCUGCGUUGUCUACGAUGUCACUGAUAUGGACUCUUUCAACAACGUCAAGCAGUGGCUCCAGGAGAUUGACCGGUAUGCUACCGAGGGCGUCAACAAGUUGCUCGUAGGCAACAAGAGCGAUAUGUCCGAUAAGAAGGUUGUCGAGUACACUGUUGCCAAGGAAUUCGCUGACAGCCUGGGCAUCCCAUUCCUCGAGACUUCCGCCAAGAACGCCAGCAACGUUGAGCAGGCUUUCCUGACCAUGGCUCGCCAGAUCAAGGAGCGUAUGGGCACCACAACUGCCAACAACACGAAACCCAGCGUGCACGUUGGCCAGGGCCAGGGUGUCGGCAACUCUUCCAACAGCAGCUGCUGUUAAAUGUAUUCCUCUUUGAUGGUUUCGUGUGGUUCGCUUUGUCGUGGCCGAGUCUGGUGACAGGAUGAUUAGAGCAGUGUGACGUCCCUUGGGAAACGACUGAACAAUGUUUGUUAUGACCUUUUUCUCCAUUAUUCUAGGGUUUCAGUUUGCCCCAUUUCUGCGCAUAGAUUACAUCAUGUCUCGUUGGAUCUCGCCCCUUCAGACACACGCACGCACAACGUGGCAAUCUCGCUUGCUUUUUAGGACACAUUAGGGUCGGACGG